AUGCCACCUAAAGCUGCAAGGCUAGCGCCCAAGAAGCCCCCUACCCCCUCCAAGAAUAGCAAAGAAAAAGUGGAAACUAUUCACGACGACACCCUUUUUGAUAAUUUGGAGGAAGCCUAUCGAAUAACAUUAAUUAUUGAUAACCAACUAAUUGAGAUAUGCAAGUGGCCCUCGGAUGUUAACACAAUUGUUCUAAGAAACAGGCAACAUCGAGUACAGGCCCUCAUAGGAUUGCUUGAGGAGCAGGCCAAGAACGCCGCCUUUGGAGUGAAGGAUCUUAAUAAUAGGCCAAUUCGUGCCCCCAAGGAUUCAGAUUAUCAAUGGGCUAUUAAUGUCUAUGAGCAAGGGGCUCUGAAUCUCGAUCUUCUUCAAAGUUUGUGUGCCAACAAAAGUGUUAUUUGGUUGGGCGAGUUUGAGAGAUUUUUUAAGUUCUGCCAGCGCAUCUUUGAUAACACUGUGAUAAAUGUCUCCUACGAUGAUUGGAAAAAGAUUAUUAACCUGCCUCGUGGCUACCCUGAUCUUAUUCUACGCAUUCUUUUCUUCCCUGAGCGAAAUGACUACUGGGUUAAUGGAAAGAAACGAAAAACACAAUAUCCAUUACCCCCCGAGUAUGAGAAGGUGAGAGAACUUCCAAAGUUACUCAAGCCAAUUCAGAUUGCUAGUAGCGGAAAUUCGGAAUCAACAUUUAAGAAUCGGCGCCCUGAGUUUCUUGAAGAGUUAAAUAACACGGAGUAUAUUUUUGUUUAUACGAGUCUCCGCGAGAAUAGGGAUCUCCCUAUCCCCACUUGGCAUGAGUGGUAUCUCUUGGAAAAAAAGUUAGAAGUCCCUCCCUGUCUUACUACUGGAUUUAACUUAAUCCGUGGUAAAGAUGAGCAUGACGAGAACAUUAAUAUAUAUCUUGAACGAUUCAGAAAACAGCACUGGGCGCGUAUUGUCACUGUGUUAACUAACGCAGCAGGUGAAGUUCUUAAGGGGGCUAUAGCAAAAUUUAAUAAUCCUGAGACAUUGCACGCAAUGUACACCCCUUAUCUCCCAUGGAGAGAAAUCACUUGCAAUGCGAACUUUGCAGAUAAUCAUGAGGCGAGUAUCUUUGGCGCUUUGUUCCAGUACCGCGAGUUAAAGUCUAUUAUGUUACUUACGUUAGAAUGGGGACUGUUUUACGUUGGCCCUGGUAAAAAGGGUGGGGAGAAGAUCCGCUUUCUGAUUUAUAAUAAGCAAGACUACCACAAGGCGAAACUACAGCUUAAAGAAUGUGCAUUGGUCUUGCAGAAUAAUAGAUGGCCAAUUGAUGUUGAUAAUUGGAAUAAGGACUUGUCUAAGUUUACACUGAAAUGUGAUGUUCCAGUGGCUGAGAACAAGCCUUAUAAAGCUGGAUUUUUAAGUGCAGAGCCUCCUCUAUACGUUUCUAAAGAGGAUUAG